CAGUUUCUCAACUACCUUUCCACCCCCAAGUUCCCAGUGAAAAAAAAUUUCCCUAAAUUUCCUGGAAAUUUCGUCCGUCCAAUCGAAUAGGAGUCCUUCUCUUAAUUCAUUUCCUAAUCUUCCUUGCUCCCAUUCUUUCCCUCUGCUUUUACUAGACGACUAAACCAUCGCCUUUUUGAAGACAUUGUUGCUCUAUAAGCUUGCUUCAGUUGUUUUUUCUUGGAAGCUUCUCCACAAAAAUAUAAUCAAUCAUUUUUUGGCCUUUUUAUAAUCAAAUGAGAUACUAGAGUGUUGCCUUUAUUUAGACAGCUUUGACCGUAGCGAUCUUUUUCUAAUUUUGAUCGUCGAGAAUUUUGGGGAAGUAAUCAUUUUUAUAUCUCCAACAAUAUUUGAAGCGUUCAUUUGAAUUUUUUUGAAGUUAAUUUUAUCGUAGAAGGAUGACGUUGGAUUCGGUUCCCGGUAGUUCGGGGUACUUGGAGGCAUUCCCAGAGAGGAGAAUGGCGUAUUUUAGUAAUUCGUACGUUCUUGGAUUGACGGUAAUUGCUGGCAUUGGUGGACUCCUCUUCGGCUACGACAGUGGUGUCAUAUCAGGAGCCCUUCUGUAUAUAAAAGAUGAAUUUGAGGUGGUAAAACAGAGUAGUUUGCUACAGGAAACAAUCGUGAGCAUGGCCUUGGUUGGCGCAAUAAUUGGAGCUGCAUUAGGGGGUUGGAUUAAUGAUGCAUAUGGACGUAAGAAAGCUACUCUUAUUGCUGAUGUUGUAUUUACAGCUGGAGCAAUUGUCAUGGCUGCCGCACCAAAUCCAUAUAUUCUAAUAUUUGGACGGCUUUUAGUUGGCCUGGGUAUGGGUGUAGCAUCUGUAACUGCUCCAGUAUAUAUAGCUGAAGCAGCCCCCUCAGAAGUAAGAGGUGGACUUGUGAGCACAAAUGUACUUAUGAUAACUGGUGGACAGUUUCUUUCCUACCUUGUGAAUCUUGCUUUUACAGAGGUACCUGGAACAUGGAGAUGGAUGUUAGGAGUAGCAGGUGUGCCAGCUGUCAUUCAGUUCGUCUUCAUGCUUUUUAUGCCAGAGUCUCCCCGGUGGCUUUUUAUGAAGAGUGAUAAAGAUAAAGCCAUUCUCGUGCUUGCUAGAAUUUAUGACUUUGAUCGAUUAGAGGAUGAAAUUGAACACCUUUCUUCUGCUUUAGAGGAAGAACGCCAGAAAAAGAAUACCAUCAGAUACUUGGACGUUUUUAAAACAAAAGAGAUCAGACUUGCUUUCCUGGCUGGGGCUGGGCUUCAGGCAUUUCAGCAGUUCACGGGUAUAAAUACAGUUAUGUACUACGGCCCAACAAUUGUUCAAAUGGCAGGCUUUGAAUCAAACCAGCUUGCACUUCUUCUAUCUCUUGCUAUUGCUGCUGUAAACGCAGCUGGAACAAUUGUUGGGAUUUACCUUAUUGACCAUUUUGGAAGGAAAAAGUUGGCUCUCACAAGUUUAUCUGGUGUAGUUUUAUCCCUUGGCCUUCUCACUUGGGCAUUCUUUGCCAAAUCAUCUGGUUCUUCUAGUGGACUCUAUGGGUGGAUUGCAGUUCUUGCGUUAGCCCUAUAUAUAGCCUUCUACUCACCUGGAAUGGGACCUGUGCCAUGGACUGUGAACUCCGAGAUAUAUCCUGAGCAAUACCGAGGAAUAUGUGGGGGUAUGUCUGCUACUGUAAAUUGGGUUUCAAACCUGAUUGUAUCCGAAAGCUUUCUUUCAGUAGCUGAUGCUGUGGGUACGGGAGCCGCUUUCUUGAUUCUUGCUUGCAUUGCUGUUCUUGCAAUCAUAUUUGUGAUUGUGUUCGUGCCAGAGACUAAAGGAUUGACAUUUCUUGAAGUGGAACAGAUUUGGAAAGAACGAGCCCGGGGCACAAGUCACAACACAGAAAGCCUCCUGGAGCAUGGAAAUGAACCUUAGGACAUCCAUAAACACAUUAAAAAAAUUUAAUUUUAUAUAAUUAGAUUAUUUAAGUCAGUUUAUGUAUGUACAUAUAUAUAUAUAUAUAUAUAUAUAUAUAUAUAUAUAUAUAUAUAUAUAUAUAUAUAUAUAACGGUUGAUGCUAAAACAUCCAUGCUAGUAAAAAGUAAAACAUUUAGUUUAUGAAUUAUUUCAUUGAGGAAAAUUGUUAUACUUAGAAUUUAUAUGAUGAUAAUUGCAUAUAAGAAUUUCAGAAAUUUAUGGUUUAGUUAUUUUAGUUUUUCUUUUUGGCCAA